GGGAAGAAGCAGCAGGCGUUGUUUCGGCAGAAGGACAAUUUGGACGUAGUCGGAGCGCUUCCGCUGAGGAUAUCUUGGUCGGACGGCCAUUGUGCCCCGUUCCCGAACACGGUCAAAUCCAAACGCCGUCCGAUGCGGAGGACGAGGGUGUGAAUGUCGAGCAUGUGAUCGAGUGCGCGGGACCAAUGCAUGACGGAGAACUCGAUGGGGUGGUGCCAGUGUUGAGCGCGUUCACCAGAACAGAGUCUCUGUCUAAUCAAGCAUCGGACACAGACCCACAGGUGGACUCGGAAACCCAAUUCGACGUGGACCUACAAGCCGACCUACAGCUUAGCGAAGGCCGAGAGAGUGACAAAUUGCAUGAAGCUCGACAAGACGCUCGGGACGCGCUCCUGCGCGCUUAUAAGAAAGCGUGUAUCUCCGGUGCCACCUGGGCCGCCGAAUGCACUAGACCUCUUGGGCCAAGCCAGGAAGAGCAGUCUUUCUCAGCCCCUUCAUUAGGGCAGUCCCUGGAACAACGAAAUGAAAGUAAAACAGAGGCGGG